AUGUCUAAAAAAGAUAAAAAAAAAAUUGAUUUUGAAUCCGAAGGGAUGCAUUUUACUGGUGACUAUACCAUGCCUAGCACUAGCGAAUCGAUGCGCGGUCACGUCGGAAAUGCAAUGUCGAUAGUCAGCGAUAUCAUUGAACCAUUUGUUCCUUUAUUCGGUACCGUUGAAAAAGUCAUGGAGAGUUUGUAUACCAUUUAUGAAAAUGCAAAAUGCAAUAAAAAAAUGUGUGGAGCUUUAAUAGAUCGCAUUGAGGUUGUUGAACAGGCUACUAAGUCCUUACAACGUAAAAAGCAAGAAAAUGCAGCAAAAUUUCGCAGUGAAGAAUAUUAUCUUGCGUGGGUAAGAUUUACCAAUGUACUGAAAAAUAUUAAAGUAUUUGCUAAAGAUGUCACACAACAAUCGGUGUUUCAAAAACAUUUAAAUGCUAAUGCCGUUAAAGAAGCAUAUGAUAAAAAUAUUAACGAAUUUGAAGCUGUUUGCAAAGAUUUGCAAUUUUCAGUUUAUAUGAUUUCAGAAGAACAAAGAAAAGAAGAGAAUGAUCAAAUAACAAACGAACUUAAUUUGCUAGGAUGGGCAAUGAACGAAGUUUCAGAUGAAGUGAAAAAUAUUUCGAAACAGAUAAAUAUUUUAUCAGAACAAUUAAACAGCCAAAAAUUAAAUUCUGGUGAAAUUAAAGUUCUUACUGUAGAUGAUUCCGAACUUACAGAUCCAGAAAUCACUAACCCCGACAAUGUAAGAGGAUCGGAAAAAACCAUUGUGAAAAGAAUUUACCGUGGAACAUUGCAAGUGGCAUGCAAAAAAGUUAAGGCUAUUGAUAAAAAUGAAUCAGCUGGAUCUCGGAAUGUCCAAACACAAUUGGUUAUCCUCGGUUUAUUAGGAAUAUGCCCUAAUAUUAUUACUUUUUAUGGUCUUGCAAAGAUAGGCCAAGAUGAUUAUAUGAUUUUUGAUUGGGCGGAACAUGGAAGUCUGAAAGAAGUUUAUGAAAAAUGUGAUAUGUCCAUACAUACAAAAUUACGAUUUAUCUAUAAUAUAUUCAAGGGUCUUUCUUUUAUAUUUAACAGUGGAGUUCUUCAUCAUGAUGUCCGAUGUGAGAAUAUUUUGGUUACUGAAAAUCCUGAUGUAAAAAUAACAAAUUUUGAAAUGUCACGUGAAAUCAAAGCAGAAACUACGUCAUUCUCAGGUUUAAAUGAUUACGUUCGUUGGUUAGCACCUGAAAAAAUGCUUUGGGAACUUAUUAAUGAAAAGGUUCCAUACAAAGAUAAGUCUUUUAAAGAAAUACAAGAACUUGUUAAAAGCAAGAAAAGGGAAGAGUUACCAUCUCAACUUAAUUCAAAUCCGAUUUUAUUAGAAUUAACCAAACUUAUCAAACAAAAGUUACGUCUAUCGUAUCCUGAAAUUUUAAAGCUUCUCAGUACUUUAGUAAAUAGAAUGUCACUGAGCUCCCCACGGAUUUCUCCUAAAAAUGAUUCCAGUGAUGUUACAGAUUUUGAAUUAGAUAAUAAAAGAUCUUUUAGUUUAUCCUCCUCCUCUCAUUAUGAAAUUGAUCCUGAAAAAUUGCCUGAUGUUGAUGAUUGCGUUCUUGAUGAUGUACCAACAUUUUCAAUUGUCAAACCAUUCGAGGAUGGAGUUAAGGCACAUAGAGAGAAGCGAUAUAAGGAAGCUUGGGAAUGUUUUGAUGAACAUGCUAAAUUAGGACUUAGUUUGGCAAAAUAUUGGAAAGGUUUUUAUCUUGAGAAAGGGUAUCAUGGAGAAAAAGAUGUAAUGGAAGGUUUAAAAUGGCUAAAAUAUGCAGCAGAUGAUGGUCUUCCUGAUGCACAACUUCGAUAUGCAAGUGGAUUAAUCAAUCUUAGUAAAAGUACUGGUAGUUCAGAAAAUUAUAAGACCAUUUUAGAAUAUAUGAAAAAAGCAGCUGAUGGAGGAAGUGAAACUGCUCUUUAUAAUCUAGGUGAUAUUUAUUUUAAUGGAAAAUUAGGAGCAGAAAAAGAUGAAAAAAAAGGAAAUGAAUUUUUUGACUUAGCAGCCUUGAAAAAUCCAAAAUUUAUGAAAAAACAUCCAACCCAAUCAACCCAAUAG